UUUAUUGAUUUUGGAAAUAACCUUUUAUAAAUUCGGUAUAAUGUGCCAUUUUUCCAAAGGCCAGAUUUGCAUUGGAGCACGUUAGUCGCAUCUGCAAAAUAAUAUAUAUUUUGUGGUCAUAAUUUACUACCACAUUUACGCAUACAAAUACAUACAUGAAUCGUUCCACGAUCGGUGGUGAAUUUUCAUUCAUUAGUAAAUUUGAUUAUUAAAUUUUUGGGAAUUUACACUUCUAAAUAACAAGAAGUGAAUGAAAUGCCACCCAAAAAGGCACCUGCUCCUAGCAAAAAGGCGGAGCAGAAGAAAAAAGAAAAAGUUAUUGAGGAUAAGACAUUCGGUAUAAAGAAUAAGAAGGGUGCUAAACAACAGAAAUUUAUUCAACAAGUAGAGAAGCAGGUAAAAUCUGGUGGUGUUAACCCACGGAAAUUAGAAGAUCCUAAUGUUAAAAAACUUGAAAAAGAAAAGAAAUUAAAGGAGCAAAAAGAAUUAGCUCUUAUAUUUAAACCUGUGCAAACGCAAAAGAUAGAUAAAGGAACUGAUCCAAAAUCGGUAGUAUGUGCGUUCUUCAAACAAGGACAAUGUACGAAAGGGGAUAAAUGUAAAUUUUCUCACGACUUAAGUGUAGAAAGGAAAGCAGAGAAACGUUCCUUAUACUGUGAUAUGCGAGAUGAUGAUAAGGAAACUGAUACAAUGGACAAGUGGGAUGAGGAUAAAUUGAAAGAGGUAGUAGAGAAAAAGCAUGGUAGCGGUAAUCGUCCAACUACUGAUAUUAUUUGUAAACAUUUUUUGGAAGCAGUAGAGAAGGCAAAAUAUGGUUGGUUCUGGGAAUGUCCAUCGGGACAAAAAUGUAUUUACAGGCAUGCACUACCACCUGGUUUUGUUCUUAAAAAAGAUAAGAAGAAAGAGGAUAAAAAGGAUGAAAUUUCAUUAGAAGAUUUAAUUGAAAAGGAAAGAGCUAAUUUAGGACCAAAUCAAACUAAAAUAACAUUAGAGACAUUCUUAGCAUGGAAGAAAAGAAAACUAAAGGAGAAAAAAGAACAAGCUCUAAAGGAUGAAGAAAAGAGACGAAAUGAUUAUAAAGCUGGUAGACAAGUUGGAAUAUCUGGAAGAGAAAUGUUCUAUUUCAAUCCAGAACUUGCAGCAGGAGAUGGCAUUGAUGAUGGAGAUGAAGCAAUAUCUAGUUAUGUACGUGAAGAAGAAGAGGAAGGGGAAGAAAGGGUUGAAUAUAGAGAACUUGAUAUGGACAGGUUAGCUUUUGAACCGAGUGAAAUAGAUACAUCUGGAAUAACUGUUGCCGGUGUAGAUCGACUCAAAAAAGAUGAAGUUACAAAUAAUGAAGAUUCUACAGUUACUGUUGGUGAAGGUGCAGCUGCAUUAGCAAUCAAUGAAAAUUUGUUUAAAGAAGAAGAUUUAGAAGGCUUAGAAGAGGAAUUAGAAGAUCUAGAUUUAGAAGAGUGAUUUAGAUUUAUAAUUUGUUAAAUUUUUUUCUUCUACUGAGUGUCUCAUUUAUCUGUAUUUUUACAAUAUAUGUAUUAUCUGCCUAUUAUAUAUAUACUAUAGAUAUGUAAAUUCACUAGUUCCAGAUGUAAUUUCCUGUAUAUUCUCAUUUACAUUUCUACGCUCUACUUACAAUUAGUAUGUUUAUAUUAUAAACAGCUGAACCGAUUAAUGCUAUUUUCAUAAUGAAAUUGUAAUUUUUAACAUUUUACAAUUUAAAGUUUAACUUUGUUUUAAUACAUUGUUGUGUUAUUUAAAAUUUUUAAGGGUUGAAACAAAUUAUGCUGCAAUUGUGGAAGUAAUUAACAUAUUAAUUUUUUAAUUAUCUUCAAGGAUAUAAAUAUAAAUUAAGCAGAUUGAAAGUUUAUAGUGACGAGAGUAGUGAAUAGGAUGAAACAUAUUUUAAUAAAAGCAUUCAUUCUAUGUAAUUAUUAACAAGAUUAUCACGAAUAUUAAAUAAUUUAUGGAUAUAUUUCGUUUUUUUAACCAUUUGAAAACUACAAGUGGAAAUAUAUUG